AUGAACGCCCCGAUCUCGUCUCCCAGCCUCGCUGGCUCCUCGGCCUCGUCGUCGACGCAGCAGUCCCCGACGAACGCGCAGUCGUCGCAGUCUGUCCCCAUGCUCGCGCCGGUCCAAAUCAAAGCGCCCUCGACCGAGACUUUUCUUAGGGAUGUCAACCUUGUUGCCGAAGCCGCCAAGCGAGCGCAACUUGCUUGCCUGACCCGCGACUUUGAAGACUGUGGUCUUUGA